AAGUGGGGUUGUAACCAAAGCUAUUGACUCCCCGGAGCUUGACUGGAACUGGUCUGGCUGGAGAACUGGAGUGGUGCUGGAGGGUUGAACAAAUGGUACAUUUUCCUUUCUUGUUGGAGAUUCCAGUGGCGAAAAGCGGACCGUUAUAUUAAAAAGUAGGCGACCAUUUAGUCAAUCAUUGGCCAUAUCUGAGGCGCCUUUCUAUUUUUCGUACCGUGAUUCAAGGCCUCCUGAUGGCAUGCAUGAAAGCAAUUUCCACCUUCAACUUGGGCAUGAAUGCAGAUUCUGUCGAGUGGUGCCCUAUUGAAGGAUUUAGAGAUUUACUUGUAUGUGGCACAUACCAGUUAGAUUCCAAUUCUGGAGAAAGGAUCGGAGAACUGCAUUUAAUUCAACUGGGGAAACACCCAGACCUGAUAAACAUAGUGCAGAAAAUCAAUAUGCCUGGGGUGCUCGAUUGUAAGUGGGCCCAUGUCAAACUCGAUUCAAUUUACCUAGCUGUUGUGAAUGCUGUCGGUGAAAUAAGAUUGUACAUACUUCUAGAAGAGGAGAAAAAGCUGAAAGAAGUUUUUAUUAAAAAACUUACAAAGGAUGACGAUACGUUGUUACUGUCCCUGGACUGGUCUACAGGAGUUCACACUAGUGAUGCUCAUAUUGUCACGAGUGACUCUAAAGGAUUUAUUCAUCUUUUAAAUUUUGAUUCUGGUAAUAUAAAUAUCGUCGAUAGUUGGUCUUUGCACAAGUUUGAAGCCUGGAUUUCUGCUUUUAAUUAUUGGAAUACCAAUAUAUUUUUUACAGGAGGUGAUGACUGUUUAUUGAAAUGCUUUGAUAAAAGGAUAGGUUCAAAAGUUUUUAGCAGCAAUGCUCACAAUGCGGGUGUUACUGCUGUUCAGUACAACUUUAAAGAUGAACAUUCUUUUGCUUCAGGCAGCUAUGAUGAAAACAUACUCUUCUGGGACUUUAGACAUUGGAAGGUGCCAAAGGGGUCUGUGACUCCAGGAGGUGGUGUUUGGAGACUAAAAUGGGAGCCAUCCACGUGUAAAACGGUCGCUACGUGUUGCAUGUAUGAAGGAUCAUACAUCGUCGAUCCAGAAGAAUUCACUACUAUAGUCGACUACCAUGAACACAAAAGCAUCAAUUAUGGCAUCGAUUGGUGUUAUUUAGAUGAAAAAACAUGUUUAGAAACUAUAAGCGAAAGUGCUCAGGAUGGUAAAAAAAUUGGUUUACUUGCAGUCUGCUCAUUUUAUGACCAACAUAUUAGCUUGGCAACAUUUUCAAAUGAUAUCAAAUAAGAAUAACAAUAUCUUAAAUUACAAAGUAAAAUGUGCAAUAAUAUUUCCGAUUUUCUGCAAGUGAACUGUCGAUAUUCAUUUUUUACCCUAAAUCUUAUGUAAUACAGAAAAAUUAUAUAUUUUAAGGUGAA